UACAGUACAUCCAGGAAGAAAACAUACAAAAGCUAUAAUUUUAGGAUUUUACCUUUUGAAAAUGUAAAUACUAUGGGUUGUGAAAUUACAUUAUGACGAUAUAUACAUCAACUUUCAUGACAUGGUCUCAAAAUGUGAAGGCCAUCAUGGUUAUAUUAUAUCUAACAUUUUAACAUAACAUAAAAACGAUAUUUAAUGAACGUUAGGGCAUAUCUGUCAUAUUUUACAAGCCAGGGUCUUGACACGACCAGGUUUCAUAAUAUUGGGGCAUUUGUCUUGACUUCCUGGACACACUGUAACACAGUACUAUAAAUAUGACAAGUUUGUUGCAUUUUCUCAGAAUAUUUGUCAUGAUCACAGUUUCUUUGAUUAUUUUAACAAUAUGUAUCUACGUAAAGAUGGAACGUCAACUGGUGAUGUCAACAAUAUUUAAAACACUGAGGCAAUUUGGCAAAACAUCAAUUCAUGAACAGAAAAACAAUGCAGAGCAGAGUAUUGGAAGAUUUUGGAGAGAAGAAAUCAAAAUCAACCAAAUGGAAAAUGAGUUUGUAACAGAUAAUCCUGGACAUCAUACAGAAAAGACAAACAGCACUGAAAAUGUCAAUGACCAAGAAAUGGCAUUAAAAACCAAUUGGACAUUCAAGUAUCUUUACAUCAAGGAACUUGUUAAUGAGGAAAAGUCUAGAUCACGUUGCCAUGGUGAGAAUUAUGAAAUGCUUAUUUAUGAACAAGUUAGACACAUGUUGGAAAAUAGAGAAGCAAUAUUAAACAAUGAUCUUGAUGCCUUAACGGAUUUCAAGGAAUAUGGCUAUUCUGUGCAAUGGGAAUUACAAGAAAAUUACGAUGUGAUUGUUAUUUUACAAGAAACAUAUCGAGGAGUUCUAUCAAAAGGUGGAAGUAGCUUCAGAAUUAUGGUAGAGGGUGUUCACAAGUACUUGUGCAACAUCAAAGAUUACUUUAACGGAACAUACCAUGUAUGUUGUCCAAAUGCACCACCAUGUUCCAAUAUAGAAAUAAUCCAAAUGUACACUAAUUUUGGAGCAUUUAAUGAAAUAACACCUCUUUAUCCAAGUUUAGGUGUCAUAGCAAAUAUAGCACUUUGUGAAAUGGAAACACAGAGAGAUUUAGAAUCAUUUGUUGAAUUUAUGAACAAAACAAUAAUAUGUAAUGAUGAUCCUGGGUUCAUGUCUCGGAAUGGAAGAUGGAUUCAAGUAAAUGGAACAUAUAAAUGGGGCCUUCAUGAAGACUGCCUUUUAGAAUUCAUAUCAGAGAAACAGGCCAAUCACUGCUUCAAAAGUUUAAAUUCUGUAAUGUGCUCAGGCCAGUCUCAUUUGCGUCACACAAUGGUUUACUUCAGUGCUUUAGCAGGGGGAAAAUUUCCUAGAGAAAAGUUUAAAGACUGGGGAUUCGAGCAUUUACAUUUUCUCUGGACUCCCAAAACAAAAAACAUUAAAACCGACAUAACGCGAUAUAUAAAUGAGACACUUUCUACUCGAAAUCAGAGAGACAUUGUAAUCAUAGAAGGAGGCCCUUGGGACUUGAGGAAUCUACCAUUAUUGGAAUACUGGCACACAAUUAAGGAAUUGAUAAUUCCAUCAAUUAAAUCUAUGAGGCAGACUACAUUAUGUGGCAAUGUGAGAUUCAUAUGGUUAAAUAAUGUAGCUUUUCCUCACAAACCAGCCUUUUUAUUCAGGGAAUACCAUAAAAGGAGUGACUUCAGAGCAGCAGCAGUGAAUGGACUCAUAUACGACUUAACAAGGGAAUUAAAUAUAGAUAUUAUAGACCACCUGAUGGCUUCAAGUCCACGUUCUAUUGAAAAUGUCUGUGGCCAUCAUUAUCUAUGUCCUUCUAACUUUAGCAAACCAACAGAGAUAGAGGGUGAUGUUGGCAAAACAGUUGCUCAGAUGCUAUUUAGACAAAUGUGUCAAUCCUACCUUGACUGAACAUUAUGAUUGGGAAAAGUAAAUAAACCUUCAAUGGAAAUGCUGUUAUCAUUCAGUGAAAACUCGAAUUCAACUAAAAUCCGAAAUAAUAUAUGAUCCACCAGAGCAAUAUUUCAGAGGUUUUAACAUUUUUAUUAGGUUUUAUAAAUAGUGUCACAGUUUAUUGACAAAUAAAGAUGAUUAACAUGUGUUUACAACGGUG